AUAAUUGAAGUAAGAAGAAGCCACCCACUUGCUCUGCUUCUUGCAUGUGAUUUUUCUUUCACUUCUGCAAUAUAUACGUACGCUUCGGCAACACCCUUCUCUCUCUCUCAUUUCUUCUUUUUCUUCUCCUUCUCGGGCUUUUGAUAACUACUACUGUAGUUACAAUACUCUUUCUCGCCGUUAAGAAUUUGGAAAUAUCUUCAUUUACCAUGGAUUGGUGUCAAAAUCAAAACGGAAGUUUUAAAAGUACAGAUGCACUAUGUAUUGCGGCAGAAGCUGAUGAGGAGGAACUUGAUUUCACAAAGGUAGACAAGCCAAGGCCUAUAGAAAGAUGCAAAUCAUGCGAAGUAAGAUCACUAAGUGAACUGUCCAAAGUUUCUGAGAACUCUUCUUACUCAAUAGACCAUCUUGAUAAGGCAGCUUCUCUUCAGCCAAAAUCGGGUAUGAAUACCCCAGGAUCAUUGGUAUUGGAUCCACAAUCACAUCCAAUAGUAUCUGAAGGCUGGGAAGCUCUGAUGCGUUCCUUGGUGUAUUUUCGUGGUCAGCGUGUUGGUACAAUUGCUGCUAUGGAUAGUUCUGAUGAGAAAAUCAAUUACGACCAGGUGUUUGUAAGAGACUUUGUCCCUAGUGCUUUGGCUUUUCUGAUGAAGGGGGAACCUGAAAUUGUUAGAAAUUUUAUCUUGAAGACCCUUCGCCUUCAAUCAUGGGAGAAAAUGAUUGAUAAGUUUCACCUAGCAGAAGGAGUAAUGCCAGCAAGUUUUAAAGUACUUCAUGAUCCAGUCAGAAACCAUGAGACCUUGAUAGCAGACUUUGGUGAAAGUGCAAUAGGCCGGGUUGCUCCUAUUGAUUCGGGAUUUUGGUGGAUUAUAUUACUUCGUGCAUACACAAAGUCUACAGGAGACAAUUCCUUGGCUGAACUGCCUGAAUGUCAGAAGGGCAUGCGCUUGAUUUUGAAUUUAUGCCUUUCAGAGGGAUUUGACACCUUCCCCACUCUACUAUGUGCGGAUGGAUGCUGCAUGAUAGAUCGUAGAAUGGGUGUUUAUGGUUAUCCAAUUGAGAUUCAAGCACUUUUCUUCAUGGCUUUAAGGUGUGCCUUGAUAUUGCUAAAGGAAGAUGCUGAAGGCGAGGAGUUCAGAGAAAGAAUUACCAAACGAUUGCAUGCCUUAAGCUAUCACCUGAGAAGCUAUUUUUGGUUGGAUUUGAAGCAACUUAACAAUGUAUAUCGCUUCAAAACAGAAGAAUACUCACAUACUGCAGUCAACAAGUUUAAUGUCAUUCCUGAUUCUCUACCUGAUUGGAUUUUUGAUUUCAUGCCACUUAAAGGUGGUUACUUUAUUGGGAAUGUCAGUCCUGCUAGGAUGGAUUUCCGUUGGUUUUGCCUUGGUAAUUGCAUAGCAAUUUUGUCCAGCUUGGCUACUCCUGAGCAAUCCAUUGCAAUCAUGGAUCUCAUUGAAUCUCGGUGGCAGGAACUGAUUGGGGAGAUGCCACUAAAAGUUUGUUAUCCAGCCCUUGAAAACCAUGAGUGGCGAAUCAUAACUGGAUGUGACCCAAAAAACACUAGAUGGAGUUACCACAAUGGAGGAUCUUGGCCAGUUCUAUUAUGGCUUCUUGCUGCUGCCUCUAUCAAGACAGGACGACCCCAAAUUGCAAAACGUGCCCUUGAAAUUGUUGAAACUAGGUUGUUCAAGGACAACUGGCCCGAAUAUUAUGAUGGAAAGCUUGGUCGUUAUAUUGGGAAGCAAGCCCGCAAAUGCCAAACUUGGUCCAUUGCUGGUUACUUGGUGGCUAAGAUGUUGUUGGACGAUCCAUCACAUUUAGGUAUGGUGGCACUAGAGGAAGACAAACACCAAAAACCUGUGCUCAGAAGAUCAAAUUCAUUGUGAGUUGAUUUUGACUUGCAAUGGCAAAAAAGGAAUUAAGAAGGGCAAGGUGGGCGGCAACACUGAAAAGAAGCUCAAGAUUUUGUUUCGUACUUUUAGGUUCUAUGUACUAUUUUUCUGAGAUGCAUUAUGUUAAGCAUCUCUAGCUAAUUGCAUUGUGCUAGAGUUAAGUGCUUAGAGAAACACAAGUUCGUUCUUAGGAAUUGCAUGAAUUUCUUAGCGGAUGAUAUGUAAAACUAGAUCGAGAUCACUAAACAACACCAGACAUUGAAUGUAUUUAGCUGAUAUAUAGUUUGCGUCAUCACAAACAAAAUGCGAGAUACAAUUCAUAUCA